AUGGACAAAAAAUCUGAUGCUCUCGAUUGGUAUUUUACAGGAAAAAUAAUUUUAAUGAAAGACAAUUUCCAAGAAAUCAAAAGAUCGAGAGUUGGCAGAGGAGGAACUGAUCUACUUAAAAAGAUAAACGAAUACAAAGAAUACAUUAACGUGUUUUCAAAAGCAAAUAGAAAAGGAGUGAUGACUUGUGCUAGAAUGAAGGAAUUCAACAAGAAAUUUAACACUUCGUUUCAAAUUUAUAAUCCCAAAACAGACAUUUUAACCGUACAUGAUGAAUUAGAUUGGGUUAUUUACUUACACAACUCGCAUUUCUGUCUGAUUAGAAGAAGCCAAAAAAGUUUGGGAAUUCAAGAAAUAGAAGACAAUUACGAACAGGUGUGGAAAACGUGUAGAGAUGAUAACGCAGUAACACAGGUUUCACCUCUCAAACUAAACGUGCUUUCAAGUAUGAGUGUUGACGCGUUAUUCGCUUGGGAUUGCGAAACUUAUUCAGAAAAAGACACUCGAAGAGCAAUUCCUUAUGCCCGCACUUUAAUUAAUUUAGAAAAACUAAGAAAAAAGUUAGAAAAAAAUAUAUUUCCUACUGAUGAUGUAGUAGAAAUAUUUGUAGAUGAAGAUGUACAGAAAAAAUGGAAAAGACAGAAAGAAAUAAAGGGUAAUUAUUUACAACAUAUUAAUUUCACAUUUUCCUAUCAACAUGAAAAAUCUAGUUUGGCUGCAUGGGGAAAUUCGUCCAAUCUUCCCGCGAAUUUGAGAAAAAUUGCCGACGUGGAUAUCGCUAAAUACACGCAAGACAAUUGGGAGGAAUUGAGACACGAAUGGGAACCAUAUGCAAAAAGGGAUACCCUAUGUCUUGGAGCUUGUUUGAUAAAAUAUAACCAAGUCGUGAAAGAAGUUGUAAGCCAGAAUAUAUCAGAUAAUCUAACAGCUCCAUCUUUAUCCUUAAAGGGUUGGUAUUAUUUAUAUCAUUACGAUAAAGAAAUGGUUGAAGAAGAAUGGUAUGAAACUACUAGAAUAGUUGCGAAACAUACUGAUAAAGAAAAUAUAGAAAAAGUUUAUUCGCACACUAAUCCUUUUAUAAGAAAUUUUAUCAGACGAUCUAUUAAAGGAGGAAGAGUUUCGGAAAAUAGAAAAUCAUUUGAACAAAAUGGACGAAAUUUGUAA